AAGGAGGUGGUAUUGUCUUUCAUAUAUUUUGGAUUUCAGAGGAAAGUUUCAAAAGUUUCAUUCUAGGGCCGUUUACAUCAGCUGCCAGGCAAAGGAGAAGAUGCAAUCUAAUGUCAGAACCACUUCAAGAUCAUAAAUUACAAGCCUCCCAACCCUGACCUGGCUGAUAAAGAUCAGAUAGUGACUGAAUAGAAGCUGGUGCAGCCCUGAUUCCAUGAUGUACCAACCACUUGAAUGUUCACAAGCUGAUUACCCACAAGUUGAAUAUCAAAGAAGACAGCAAUGCUGGGGCCCUAUAAGUCUAUCUCUUUUCACAUUGGCAAUCAUAGCAAUCAUAGGAAUUGCCAUUGGUAUUGUUACUCAUUUUGUUGUUGAGGAUGAUAAGUCAUUCUACUAUCUUGCCUCUUUUAAAGCUACGAAUAUAAAAUAUAGAGAAUGUUAUGGAAUGAGAACCUCAAAACAGUUUAUAGAAAGGAGUCAUCAGAUUGAGAGAAUGAUGUCUAGGAUAUUUCAACAUUCUGGAGAGGGUCGGUUUAUCAAAUCUCAUGUUAUCAAAUUAAGUCCAGAUCAAAAUGGUAUGAACAUUCUUAUGGUGCUUGUGUUUCGAUUCCCAUCUACUGAUAGUACUGAGCAAGUCAGGAAAAAAAUUGAAAGGAUUCUAUAUCAAAGUCUGAAGAGAGAACCGAUGCCUUUAACUAUAUACAAACCAUCAUUUACACUCACACCUAUCGACAACAAAAAGAUGAGGAAUCUUCUCAACAGCCGCUGUGGAAUAAGGAUGACACCUUCAUACAUGCCAUUACCAGCAUUUGCAUCUACUGAAAGAAUUGUCCAAGGAAGUGAAGCAGCUCUGGAAGGGGAGUGGCCAUGGCAGGCCAGCCUCCAGCUCAUAGGGGCUGGCCAUCAGUGUGGAGCCAGCCUCAUCAGUAACACAUGGCUGCUCACGGCAGCUCACUGCUUCCGCAGAAAUAAAGACCCAAAUAGAUGGAUCGUUACUUUUGGUAUAACUAUAACGCCACCCACAGUGAAACGAAGUUUGAGGAAAAUUAUCAUUCAUGAAAAUUACCGUAAAGAAACAAAUGAAAAUGACAUUGCUUUGGCUCAGCUUGCUACCCGAGUUGAGUUUUCAAAUGUAGUUCAGAGAGUUUGCCUCCCAGAUUCAUCCUUAAAGUUGCGACCUAAAACAGGUGUAUUUGUCACAGGAUUUGGAUCCAUUGUAGAUGAUGGACCAACACAAAAUAAACUACGGCAAGCCAGGGUAGAAACCAUAAGCCCUGAGGUGUGUAACAGAAAGGAUGUAUAUGAUGGCAUGAUAACUUCAGGAAUGUUGUGUGCCGGAUUCAUGGAAGGAAAAGUAGAUGCAUGUAAGGGAGAUUCUGGUGGACCUCUGGUUUAUGAAAAUCAUGAAAUCUGGUACCUUGUUGGUAUAGUAAGUUGGGGACAAUCAUGUGCUCUUCCCAAAAAACCUGGGGUCUACACAAGAGUGUCUCAGUAUCGAGACUGGAUUGCCUCCAAGACUGGUAUCUAGUGUGAACUGAUCCUGAAUUUUAUACAUCGCACAUAGAGCUAAAACUCCUGCAUAUAAUGUAUUAUUUAUAUUCUUGUGAUUUGGAUCAGUUCUUUUGCUGAAUCUCAAGAAGUCCUUCAGAGGCAGAGCAAUCUAAUAUCAUGAGGUGAACUUUGUGUAUAUGGGACAGAAAUCUUUCUCUACCCCAGGAGAAAAAGAUACAGCAAAUGACAGGUAGCACCAACUCCUCACUCACAUGGGAAAUUGUGAUCCUACUAAUCAGAUGAAUAUUUACAUAAACUUUCCUUCCAUUGAAGAUGGGAACAUCAUUUUCCAGAGGAUAUGAAGAACUUCCGGGGCUCUCAAAAUCUUACUUCAUAUAGUACCUGGAGCACUUGGGAUUCAUCUAGCAAAAUAUCAAACAGCAACCAUCCUUGAGGAUUCAGGGCUCCAGCAUUCUAGGACUGAUUACUGGACCUUCAAUGGCUUGAAUGGAGUGUGUGAGAUUUGCAAUAUAACUUGAAUUCUAACCUGUGUUUACAAAUAAUAAUACAGAGCAUUAUCAUUAACCAUGAGAAUUGCCAUUUAAAAGGUGUUUAAAUAUAUCUGAACUUGCUAUUAACAUUGGGUUAUUCACAUCAGUGCUAGCUUCAGGAUGCACGUUGUAUUGUUAAUAAGCAUUUCUGGUUUAUUCUUUAACAACAUCUUUCCAGUCACACAUUUGAAGCUAGACUGAAAAGGAGACAACUCUUGGGAGCACUUUUUCAUGGGUAUAAGGAGGAUAAAAAGAACCAAUGGAACCUAGGCUAUCAGAGAUGUUUCAAAUAAUUACUAACAAAACAAGCACUCUUUAGAUUUUUGGUGGAAUGAGACAUCCAAUUAUCAUUUGCUGCUGCUGCUGCUAAAUCGCUUCAGUCGUGUCUGACUCUGUGCGACCCCAUAGAAGGCAGCCCCAGCAAGCUCCCCCGUCCCUGGGAUUCUCCAGGCAAGAAUUAUCAUUUAGAUAUAUCUAUAUCAUAUACAGUGCUUUUAUAAGUCUUAAGUUCUCUGACAAGUCAGAUGUCUACUGGAAUGUCAGGUUAGGAAAUCUGAUUUGUGCAAUACUUGGCGCAGUGUCUGGCAUAUAUUAUACACUAUAUAAAGGUUUAUUAUAAUGGGAAGGAAUGCCUUUAUGAGUUUUAAAGUAAAUUAACUUAAUUUGUUUAAUAAGUGAAUGACAUAGGGCUUAAACCAGUCUGGUGGGAGAGAGCACAGGCUUCGAAUCAGACUGCUUGAGCUUGAAUGUUGACUCUGCCAUGUAUAAACUAUGGGUCCUUAACAUCUCUGCAUUAGCACUUUCAUCUCUACAGUGAGAAUAAAAAUGGUACCUACCUCAUAUCAUUAUGAGGAUUAAAUGCAUUCAUACAGGUAAAUUACUUGGAACAGUGUCUUUACACAGCGGGCUCUCAAUAUGGACUAUGUGUCAUGCUGUGUGUGCAUGCUCAGUUGUAUCUUUCUCUGUGACCCCAUGGACUGAAGCCCGCCAGGCUCCUUUGUCCAUGGAA